UCCGCUUGCGCAACGAUGUGGGGGCGGAGCUGCCACAUCCGGGCGUCUGGCGGCCUGGGGCUGUUUUGUUUUCCUGGCUGAGCAGGAAGGAAGGGUGGCCGUCCCGCGUCUGGCGACAGCAGGCUCCCGACCUUACUGCCAGGGCCGGGCUGGAGUGACCUCCCUCCCCCCCCCAAAAAAAAUGUCUGGAUUCCUAGAAGGUAUGAGGUGCUCCGAAUGCAUUGAUUGGGGGGAAAAGCGAAAUACCAUUGCCUCCAUUGCUGCUGGUGUUUUGUUUUUCACAGGCUGGUGGAUUAUCAUAGACGCAGCUGUUAUUUACCCCACCACGGAGGACUUCAACCACUCCUACCAUGCCUGUGGUGUUAUAGCAACCAUAGCCUUCCUAAUGAUUAAUGCAGUAUCGAAUGGACAGGUCCGGGGCGACAGUUACAGUGAAGGCUGCCUGGGACAAACAGGUGCUCGCAUUUGGCUGUUUAUUGGUUUCAUGUUGGCCUUUGGAUCUCUGAUCGCAUCAAUGUGGAUUCUCUUUGGAGGUUAUGUUGCUAAGGAAAAAGCCAUAGUAUAUCCUGGAAUUGCUGUAUUUUUCCAGAAUGCCUUCAUCUUUUUUGGGGGCCUGGUUUUCAAGUUUGGCCGCACUGAAGACUUGUGGCAAUGAAGAGUCAAGUUUGGGCAGCACAGCCACCCUGCAUGGGUUUUUUUUGUUUUUUUUUUUAAGGCUCCCCCGUCUUUUGUAAUGCCGUUUUCUACACUUCUGAGUGUAGUCUCAGCUUCAAGUUGUUUAAUGCUAAAAUCAUGAGACCUCCCUAACGAAACAUCUGCACAGCACACAGUGAGUUGUGCACUUGGCCAUCUUUGGCAGCGUUCAAGGAACUGUUCCCAUGAGUACCUGUCACAUGAGUAUCAUGACAUAAAGAGAAGUAAAUUAUGCAGACAUGGUGGAGUCAUCUGUAUGAGUAUUUGAUUGGAAGUCCGGCAUGUUUGUUAAAACAUGGCCUCUCCUGUGUCAGACGUUCAUGAUGUCUAGACAUCUUGUUAUUAAAAUCUUGUGUGGUCACA